UAGUGGGUAUGUGAGAAUAUCUCGGAUGGGACCAAGCAAGAAACAGCAUGCCUGCUGCUAGACUUGCAGCCGCCAACCGACCGAGGUCCACCGAGACCUGACCAACCCAAUGACAGCGAUGCACGGCAGCCUGCCGCUGCCACCGGCUGCAGCGGUGGCCUUGCACCAGCAGCGACUCCCGCCGCCGCCACAGCUGCCGCCGCCACCCCUACGCAAGGCCCGAAGGAAGAAGAAGAAGCCCAAGGCCGCCAAAUCUGAAGAUGCACCGAAACCGACGUCGUCCGAGACACCGGCGCCUCCUUCUCCACCGUGGCCCAUCUUGGACCACCGCCGAAGACCGGGUCCCAACCCGGUGCUGAUAUUCUCAGUCGCUUUCGUGGUCAUCGUCGCGCUGGCGGUGGCGUCCUUCUUCCAGGUCCGUGAGCGCGUGGAGUCGAGUCCCGAAGCGCGCCGGGCCAGGCGGGUCGCGGCCAUAGCCGCGACGCAGUCCACCACCCAACAGGACGAGCCGGCCACGGCGUUCCGGCUGACGGACAACACCGAGGAAGAGACGCUGCGCACCGCUGUCUUCCUGCCCAAGGCGCACACGCGCACGCCAACCAAGAAAGGCCGUUGAACUUGUGGUGGGACGUGUAUAGUUCCCGUACACGUCAACGCCUGCCGCUACUUUUCAUUAAAUAAGCUUUGCUGUGAGCCGCACUUAAAAGCCACCCGGCGAAGGCUUUUCAAGCAGCAAACGCCAAAACACA